GAACUGCUUCAAUCUUGCAUCUGCACAAACAGAAACACAACCCCUGAUUUCUGCACAAGUCACUAACUGGAAGGAGGUGCAGCACAGUACAGAGUUGCAUCAGACAGCCUCCUCAAGGCUUAGUUUAUUCUACUCUUUCUAUGUCAGGAGUGAUUAAGUGCUCCAAUCACACCUGAUACAGAGUAAGGGCAGAAUCACCCCUGCCCCCGCUGCUGAGCAGUACAUCUUGCAGAAAUGCAGCAAGAAUACUUUAAUGUGAAACUUUGAGAUCACAGGAUCCUGGCUAGUGAUGUAUGACUCACCGUGCACCGCUUCCCCCAACCACCACCACCACCGAAGAACCAACAACUCAGGGGCUGCCCAGGCUCAUGGAGAAAGGAGAUAGAAGCCUUGGAGGAAGGGGAAACGUGGCAGUUGAGGUCACUGUAGCAUCAACAUCCCAAAUGUGUAGUAUUUGUUUGUUUGUUUGUUUGUUUGUAGUGUCCCCGGAUUCAUUGAAAAAAAUCUGGUAACCUUACUCAAAGGUCCAUUCUGCUUUCCUUAGUUGCCUGGUACCUCCUGGGGAACCUACAAACAGGGUGCAAAGGCGAUAGCCCUUUCUUUCUGCUGCUUGUCCCCAACAGUUAGCAUUAAGGGGCACCAGAUUAUAUCAAUUUAGCUAUGUGUUUUGUCAAUAACUCAUAGAAUCAUUGAGCUGGAGGGUAAUCCUAGUGCACCAUCCAGGGCAGUCUCCUAUUUGAAGCAGGAAAUCCACAACUAGGAGCCCCGCCCAGCAAAUAGACAAUUGUCCAGCUUCUGCUGGAAGACCUCCAGCCAGAGGAUGUACCCCCACCCAUAGCUAGCUCCAUUAUUGAAUAGCUGUGACCUUCAGGAAAUGUCACCUAAUGUUCAACUGAAAAUCUCCCCUCUUGAAACUGAAGCUCACUAGAUCUAGUGUGGGCUCUUCACCACAGCAGACAACACACUUUUGUUGUCUUCUAUGUGACAACCUUACAGAGAUUUGAAGACAAUUAUCUUGCCUUCCCCACCCAAUUCUUUUCUUCCAAGCUAAAGGUGUCCAGUCCUAUCAACCUUUCCCCUGUUAUCUUUGGCCCUACCAAAUCUACUGCCAAUCAGUUGUUGUUGGAUGACCCCCAAAUUCUAGUCAAUCAUUGCACAAUUUUAUUGUCUGUGGUCAUUUGAUGGUCCCGUCGUCUGUCUGCAAUCACUCCUUAACUUUGCCCUAUCUUGGAAUGCAAGUGUCCCUGAGGCCACUUGACCUAUCCUUGGUUCCCUUGUUACACACAUUUUUUUUAUUUAAAAAAUGGCUGUGGAAAUCUAGCUGACAGCAGCUUUAUUUCCCAUCUUAGAGAGUAGGGAUGGGGCUGUUGGGCUACAGAUGUUGUUGGACUACAGUUCGCAUCCUCCCUCACUAUUGGCCAUGGUGACUGGGGAUGAUGGGAGCUGGAGUCCAACAACAUCUGGAAAGCUGGAGUUGCCCCCCAUCUUUGACUUGGAGUCUAAAUGCCCCACUUGGAGCUGACUUGUUCUGGAAGCUCAAUAGACAAGAUGGAGAGAUGGGUGAUUCUUAGACACCCAGAUAUGAAAGGGCCCUUGUGGAAAAGCCUAUCUCCCUGGCCCUCUCAACACAAAUUUUAACAGUUGCAGUCUGGGAGUGAGGGCUGGGAAGAUGAAGGUUUUUGAGAGGCAAGUCUAUAGGAUUGGAUCUAGAAGUGCAGGUGGCUUCUGGUGUCACCAAAACCUGGGGUUUUUGUUUUGUUUUGGGAGUUUCCCAAUCUGAUUGCUUCUGUCUUGUCCCUUGCUCCCUUGGGGCACAAGGAGGGGUGAUGUACCCACCUUAUGUCCCAAGUAUAACUUUAAGUUGCCCAAAUCAGCAUUUACUUAGUUUUACAGUGACUCUUGCUUUUCACAUAGCAUUGAACACCACCCUCAGAUGGGUUGGUGUUAGACAUUUUGACUAAAAAUGGUUGUGUUGUCAUUGUUUUCCAUGGCAAAUAUCUAAAGAGGAAUGAGGCAAAGUACUGGAGGAGGAAGAGUCUGUCAGUAGUUCUUAUCUGUGAUGUCUGAAUAGAGUCUCCAAGUUCAGAAGCAGUGUACCUUGUAUGCCACCUACUGAAGAUGCAGGCAGUAUUUGGAAGGGAUGGAAGAAAGCUGCUAUUUUCAGUCCUUGCUUGUGGGAUUCUAGGAAGCAUCUGGUCAGUCGCUGUAAGAAAACAGGAUGCUAGACUAGGUAGUCCUUCAUCCUGAUACAGGGGACUUGUCUGCUGCAAAAUGUGUGUUGUAUUGGUUUAGAUCUAUGAUUUAGAGGAGUGGUCCCCAAUUAGAUAAGUAUUAUGGACUCCCUGUUUUUCAAAAGCCAAACCAUUGACUCCCUACUUUUGAAAAUGUUGAUAUCUCUAUGGUAGUUUAUGUUAUGUGAAUGGUGCCACCAUAACCCCCAAUAUGUCCCAGCACAAAACUGGGACACAUGUUUUCAGGACCAUGCAUCCAUGCGAGUCACAUGACACAUGAAAGAGCACAGUGCCAACAAACAUGUGUUUUGGGUCGCCACAAUCUUGGGUAAGAUGUGCAUCUGGCUGUGAUCUCACGUGGUUUUGGGUGCCAUGUUCAUGUGAGAAGAGCAUGGCUCUCAACUGUCCUAGACAGUUGGUGGGUUAGUGCUACGGAUCCCCUGUGUGGGUUACACAGGCAGCUUAAUUGGGAGCCACUGAUUUAGAGCAUUAGCCUUCGCCAACCUGGUGCGCUCCAGAUGUUGUUGGACUCUUGACUCCCAUCAUGCCAAACAGCAUGAGCAAUAGUCAGUGAUGAUGGUUUAUCCCUGCUCUGCUUGAGAGUGUGAAAACAACUACAGAACGCUUCCUGCUCAAGUCCUGAAGAGAUUUUCCAAAACAGGGAAUGCAGAGCAUUUGGUGACACAGAUCAAUCCACAUGUUUUUAACAUGAACUAGAAUGUUUACUUCCAGUUCCCAUUUUGGAUGAGGAAUGGACUACAGUAGUAAUAUCUGCAACAAAAUGUUGCAGUGUCAACUUCACAUUCUAGGUGGUUUGUUCUUGUUCAGGGAGCCAGCUAGCCAAUUUCCCAUAGUGAUUGGUUUUGACCCUCCCACCAUGGGGCUGUGCAGGGGAUGAAUAAGGACAUAAGAGUUGAAAGGGAGUAAAAAAAGGGCCUGGGGUAGUUUCUAAAUUGUGUUCCAUACUGCUUAAUGCAACUUACGGAUAUGUAGAACCCCUUAAAAAGAUAUGUGAACCACUUCCGGUUUCCUUCUGUGGUAAGUGGCUGCCUCCCACAUGAGCGGACCCCAGCUGUGCCAGUAAUUCAGGGUUGAUAUGGGGGUAAUUAGUCCUGGCAGGACUAAUUAGUCCCCAGGGUGGGGAAGGAAUGUCUCACAGACCCGCAGAUCGUCUGUGAUCUGUCGAUUCACAUCAAGGUGCGAGCGGCAGGGACGCUGGGUCUAAGAGCACAGCACAGCUGGCACUCUCCAGAGCCACUCCUACAUGGAGGAGACACCUGUUUUAUAAAAUAAUAAGAUUUGGAUUAAAAAAAAACCAGGCAUAUUCCAGAUGGAGGAGAAAAAAGAAAAAUAACUGCCAAAUUAUACAGUCGUUGGAUGCUGAAUUUCAGACUUUAAAUGGACUCUCAUCUUGAAACGUGGAUUAAGGAGGUGAGCAACCGCUAUCUUUCCAUACUUGCUAUAUUACAUCAUGAUUUGGUGAAGCUCAGCCAGAAAGAAUUUAAUUACUUAAACGAAAAACAAGAAGCGAAAAUUUUAAUUGAAUGUAUAAUGCACAGCCAUCAACGGAGAACUCUAAUGCGAAUUAGAGCUGGCAGAACAAGAUCAGAUAUGGCAGCUUGGGCUGAAAAUGGAAACAAAAUGGCAAUCAUUAUUGCGCAGUUACCACACACACAAAAAUGGAAUUCUUAUGGAAAAGAGCUCCUUUGGACUUGGGGUGUACUUUGUUCUAAAAUACAUCUGCUUAUAUGGAUUAUUUUUAUACAUUAUUGUGGACAGAAAUUGUGGACAGAAGGAUGGAGAUCGCUGGAUCCCUGCCAGCUCUUCUAGGGCCCGGAGGAGCUGGGGGGCGGUCCUUUCGUUCUUGGAGGAAUUUAAAUAAUUCUCAUAUAAUAUACAGCCGGGAAGCAUGCUCCACAAUACAGCAUUAUAUACAGACAUAUACGGACACCAGCUCAUUAAGAGACAGCAGAGAGAACUUGUUGACUUGCCAUUUAUAAACUCUAUUUUUGGAAUGAAGCCCGGUGCCUUUAAUGAGAACUUAACGAACAAAGGAGAGAUAAGAGGACUGAACACCAACAUAAUUGGACGGAGAAUAAGAUUGGGGGCGGGGGGGCGCCUCCUGUGUGUUAACAAUAUAAAAAUUUUGCUACAGAAGAUGUGAGCCACAGAAACGACGACUGAUCAGACUGAGAAUAAGGAUGGAUAAUAUUAGUUUUGAAUUUGAAAAAUAGCCGAAAAUGCAGAGACAUAAAUGAGGAUGAUUAUCUCCAGAAAUCUGGAACAUGUGAAGUCCCCCCCCCAAAAAAAAUAUAAUUGGAAUAUAUAAUAGGUGGUGUUGUUGUUAUUGUAAUUUGGACUGAUUUUAUUUAAUUUGUCAUUAAUUGGAAGAUUGUUUUGAAAAUGAAUAAACAAUUUAACAACAACAACAACAACAACAACAACAACAACAACAACAACAACAACAGAUAUGCGAAUCAGCUAUUGGCACACGAAUUCUUCCCAAGGAUUGGAAUAAAAUUUGGGAAUUGUGACCCUUAAAAUGUGUUUCCAGAAUGGCUAGGGGGAAACUCCUUAAAAUUAUUUGUUCAUUCGUGUCCGACUCUUUGUGACCCCAUGGACCAGAACACGCCAGGCACUCCUGUCUUCCACUGCCUCCCGCAGUUUGGUCAAACUCAUGUUGGUAGCUUAAAUUAAAUUAGCUAGGUGUUCCCUUAUCACCUCUUUUCCUAUCUUGGGCUGCAGCUCCUGCCUCACAUCAUUUAUUACGUUAUCAUCAGGUAGGGCAUUGUGUUCCUAUUGGGUGAAGACAAGAGGCAAAGUAGGUGUUGAACAGUUCUGCCUUCUCUCUGUCACCCAUUAGCAUUUCUCCAUCUUCUCCACACAGAGGCCCUACUACUUGCUUGUUCUUCCUCUUACUUCAAACAAGAAUUGUAGCCAUUUUCAAAGUUUCACUUUUUAAACCAUUUCAAGCCUAUAGCCCAGAAUUCACAACUUGCUAGUGGCUAAAGCCCACCCAGGUGCACCCGUCUCAUCAGAGAAUAUUACAUGUAGGGUAUCAUUUUCCCCUACUUGUUUUGCUUAUUUAUUUUCUCUUUACAGAUUAUAAAUCCUAGUACGUGAUUGGUAAUAAACAAGUGUAGGUGAUAUAUUGAUUUAUUUAUUUUUACUUUAUUCGAUUUAUGCUUCUAAUAAUUUGAGUUGUGGACAAUAGCAACUUUAUCAAGGGGCCAGUGAACUCAUAAUUUUGGGAAACCUCUUCUCCGGGCUAUUCCAGCCCAUUCCCACCCUAAUUUUGCAUUUCCAGUCCAUUCCAUUCUGUGGCUGCUGAGCCUGCUCAAUUCUCAUUGGAACUUGGCAUUGGAACCUAUGCCCUUUUAAAAUGUGGUGGGGUUUUUUCGGGGGGGGGUAUUGGGUUGUUGAUUUUGUUUUGUGGUUUGAUUUUGUUCUGUGAACCAAAUUAAAUAAGAUAAUAAAAUAAUAAUAAUAAGACCCCCCCCCCAUUUAGGCAUUUAUUUAUAUAUAUUCUGUACUGCUUCAAAUCUCAGCAUUUCCCUGAGCAUGGCAGCACCAGCUCUCUUGUUCUCAGUGCUUUUAUUCUGACUCCAUUUAAGUCGGUACUUAGUAUUGGAAGGUGCUUGCUUUAUUUUAUUUUAUUUUAUUUUAUUUAUAAAACUCUCUGUGGAGUGCCUUACAUCUGAGCUCUUGAACCCUUGUUGUUAGCACUGGUGUCCUCCACAGCCCUUGCCAUAAUUGUGUGCCUUACUGGUGAGAGGCAAUGACAUCACCCCUGUUGCCUUGGCAAUGGGUAAACAGCCCCUGGCAACAUGGGGUUCUUUUUAGAAACCUGUAUUCCAGCCAGACAAGUCGCAUGCCUUGAAAUCCAAGCCUAAAUUCUGAAGUUCAUUUUCCUUUCCCCCAAGAAUGGGGGGGGGAUGGGGGACGGGAUGCUGAACCUUCCUAAGGGAAGUGACAGGCAGGUCAAACAAGAAAAUAGGGACAAUAUCAAUGUUUUACUCCCUUUCACUGUUCCUCCAGCUUGAGGCUGGUGCCUUGUGGGGGAUGGGAAGGGUCAGAGCCUUUUGUUCUUUUUGGAUGUGGCUUUCCAGCCUGGAAAUCCAACCACUGAAGGUGCUUCAGACCUUAAGUGCCCAAGCUAUUUGUUGUUAUAGCCUUUUCACACUAGGAUUUCAGUAUAAUCCAGUAGCAGCCUUGGUGGUCCUUUGUGCCCCUCCCGCAACAUCUGCUGGGCUUGCCCGCAAGCAAGAGAUGGGUUUCUGCAUGCUGGUGGAGGGGGGCUUCCAGGCAAGCCAAAAUACUGCUUUGUAAAUUGAACCUGGACAAACAUUCUCAGCGCUCCCAUCUUGCCUCAUUCACCAUGAAGUUGAAGGACAAGUUCCACUCUCCCAAAAUAAAGCGGACACCAUCCAGGAAAGGGAAGCAGCCUGACCUCAUGGUGAAGACCCCCGAGAAGGUGGUGAACAAGAAUCUCACCUGGCUGGAGGAGAGAGAGAAGGACGUAGUGAGUGCACUACGCUAUUUCAAGACCAUCGUUGACAAAAUGGCAAUUGACAGCAAGGUGCUGGAGAUGCUGCCGGGAUCUGCCAGCAAAGUACUGGAAGCCAUCUUGCCGCUGGUCCAAGCAGAGACGCGAAUUCAGCAGAGUUCGGCCAUCUCUUCCUGCUAUAGCCGUGUGUACCAGAGCCUGGGCAAUCUGAUUCGUUGGUCUGAUCAGGUGAUGCUGGAGGGCUUGAACUCUGAAGAUAAAGAGGUGGUGAACACAGUGAAAGGGGUUAUCAAGGCUGUUCUGGAUGGAGUCAAGGAGCUGGUGAAGCUUACCAUUGAGAAGCAAGAACACCCGUCCCCCACAAGCCCCGCUAAACCCAGCAUACCUGCUUCUUCAACGGACAGCCCUUCAGAGCUUCCCCUGACGGAUCGUGAGAUGGAGAUUCUCAACAAGACAACAGGGAUUGCUCAGACGGCGGAGAUUUUGACGGUUCCAAUGGACGAAGAAGUCGCCCCUCCCAAACCUCCCCUUCCCUGCAUCCGGGUCGCUGAAAACAGCCCUCCUCCUGCACUGCCGCCGAAGAAACGCCAGUCAGCACCAUCUCCCACUAGAGUGGCUGUUGUGGCACCCAUGAGCCGGACCACCAGUGGGUCCAGUUUGCCAAUUGGAAUAAACAGGCAGGAUUUUGAUGCGGACUGUUACGCGCAGCGGAGGCUGUCAGGAGGCAGCCAGUCCUAUGGCGGGGAAUCCCCCCGCCUCUCGCCAUACAACAGCAUGGGCAAACUCAGCAAAUCUGAUGAGCAGCUCUCCUCGCUGGACUGUGACAGCGGGCAGUGCUCCCGCAACACAAGCUGUGAAACGCUAGAUCAUUAUGAUCCAGACUACGAGUUCCUGCAGCAGGACCUCUCGAAUGCCGACCAGUUACCUCAGCAGGGGCCCACUGCCCUCAGCCCUUUGCCAGAGUCUCUGGGGGAGGCUGGCUCCCCAUUUUACGGACGCACUUUCCAGCUGCCAGUGGCGGCCGCUUUGGCUGCUGAGGUCCCUCCGGCUCUGCCAGAGAAGAAGAGGAGGGGGACAGUCAACCCUACUUUCGAUACCUCCGGCUGCCGUGUCUUGUUCGAGAGGCACCCCUCGCAGUAUGACAACAUUUCAGAGGACGAUCUGCACAACCCCACCCUGCUCCCCUCUAUGACCUUCACGCCUUUUGCCACCGUGCUGCCCUUCCAGCCAGGGAACUCUCCAGCCCCCGUUGAAUUCCUCACUGACUUUCUCAUUCCGGACUCCAUGAGUGACUCUGAGAAACCACCACCUCUGCCAGAGAAGAAAAACAAACACAUGAUGGCCUAUAUGCAGUUUGUAGAGGACUACUCAGAACCACAGCCUUCUAUGUUCUACCAGACACCGCAGAAUGAACACAUCUACCAACAGAAGAACAAGCACCUGAUGGAGGUUUAUGGGUUCAACGACUCCUUCAGCAGUGCCGACUCUGGGCAGGAUCUUGCUCCACCCCCUGCCCUCCCACCAAAACAGCGGCAGUUGCAGGCCUCUUUUGCUGCCUCCUCCUCCUUCUCCUCUGUCUCCUACUGUGUCCAGCCACCUAAAGUGCCCAUCGCCACCGAGGACAUCGGCACGGCUCAGGGCCUCACUAUGUCCAUCUCUAAUUCCUUCCUCCACCAGCAUAGCACCCUUCCUGUGCACUCGUACAAAUCGGUGUUCAGGUCUUUCUCCCAAGACUUUGUGCCUCGCAGCCAAGUUUCCAUCCCUCCUUUUCUCUCAUCUGCCUCUGCCGCCGCCUCCCUGCCUCUGUGCUUCCCACCAGCACACCAGUCUCCGAACUCUGACCUGGCGGCAGGGUCUGCUGCAGCCGGCCAGCCUCUCGGCCUUGCAGAUGGUGGGGUUACCUCUUCCUCUCAGGAGAGCAGCUUUAGUGGGACUGCUUCUGUCUGCCUUCCUUCUGAAACCUCUUUCACUGAUUCUCUCCAGACAUCUUCGAGUGAAAACGCCAGUGAGGAGGCAGGGGAGGGUGAAUACGUCAAUCUGUAUUCCUCCAGUCAGAGCAACGGGGAACUCCCUCACUCUGAAGGAGAAUCCCCAGCAAUAAAAGACUGUCAUGCCAAGGACUCUGCUUCUCUGAGCAACACCCAAGGGAAGGAGAACCAAGAUGAGAGUGAAAGGCAGCAGAAGUCAGCAGAAUCUUCAGAGUCUUCCCAACUGGAGGAGGAAGUAGAUGAACUGUCCUUGAUUGACCACAAUGAAAUCAUGGCCAGAUUGACACUGAAGCAAGAGGGCGACGACGGACCAGAUGUUCGUGGCGGUUCGGGCGACAUCCUCUUGGUCCACGCCACAGAGACUGACAGGAAAGAUUUGGUGCUGUACUGUGAGGCCUUUUUGACUACUUACCGCACAUUCAUCACACCUGAAGACCUCAUCAAAAAACUGCAAUACAGAUAUGAGAAAUUCUGCCACUGUCCAGACACCUUCAAGAAGCGAGUAAGCAAGAACACCUUCUUCGUCCUGGUCCGAGUUGUGGAUGAGCUGUGUUUGGUAGAGCUGACGGAGGAGAUCCUCAAGCUGCUCAUGGACCUUGUGUUCCGCUUGGUCUGCAACGGGGAGCUCAGCCUCGCCAGAGUCCUGCGCAAAAACAUCCUUGACAAAGUGGAUCAGAAGAAAAUGCUGCGAUACACCAACUCGAUCAAACCUCUUGCGGCCCGAUGGGUGGCAGCCAGACCAGGGACCCUCCACGAUUUCCACAGCCAUGAGAUAGCAGAACAACUGACCCUCCUGGAUGCAGAGCUCUUUUAUAAAAUCGAGAUCCCUGAAGUUCUGCUUUGGGCGAAAGAGCAGAAUGAAGAGAAAAGCCCCAACUUGACACAAUUCACCGAGCACUUUAAUAACAUGUCCUACUGGGUCCGCUCAAUAAUUAUGCAGCAGGAGAAAGCCCAGGACCGAGAGAGGUUGCUCCUGAAGUUUAUAAAGAUCAUGAAGCACUUACGAAAGCUCAACAACUUCAACUCCUACUUGGCUAUACUCUCUGCCCUGGAUUCAGCACCCAUCCGGAGGCUCGAGUGGCAGAAACAAACCUCAGAGGGUCUGGCUGAGUAUUGCACUCUGAUUGACAGUUCUUCUUCCUUCCGGGCAUACCGAGCUGCCCUCUCAGAGGUGGAACCGCCUUGCAUACCAUACUUAGGUCUCAUUCUGCAAGACUUGACCUUUGUCCACUUGGGGAAUCCGGACUACAUUGAUGGCAAGGUCAACUUCUCCAAGCGCUGGCAGCAGUUCAACAUCCUGGACAGCAUGAGGUGCUUCCAGCAAGUGCAUUACGACAUCAAACGGAAUGAUGACAUCAUCUCAUUUUUCAAUGACUUCAGCGACCACCUGGCGGAGGAGGCCUUGUGGGAACUUUCGCUCAAAAUCAAGCCUCGAAACAUAACAAGGCGGAAGACAGACAGGGAGGAGAAAACCUAGAGGGGAAGCAAAUGAAGGCCAUGGGCAAAAGGAUCGCUGGGCGCCUGCACAGACGGCAGCUAUGAGACUUGGACCUGUGACCGGGCCACAUCCCCCCACCUCCUCCCCUCCUGGGCCAAGCCCAGGGGUUGAGUUGUCUCAGCGGCAGGCGUGGGCUCCCUUCCCAUCAGGCCUCAGGGGAGAGUCACCAAAGCAGCGCCCUGCUCUCCUUCCUCAGUGCCAUAGACGAGCUUUUCUGCCUGAAAAGGGAGCACACAGGAAAAGGGGUCAGGGUGGGUGUUUUUUUAGUGCCAGAGUGUUCCCACCUUUGCCAAAUCUGAACGUUUUUUUCUUGCGCUCCUCGCACUGCAACAGGAAGAGAGGGAAGCGAAGUUGCUGCAUCUUGCGUUGAGCCACGUAUUGACGUGCCCAUGGCCUCGCCCAAUGGGCACUUAGCAUGUGUGAGGGAUGAAAAAUGGGUUGCCUGCCAUCAAGGUCGUACCCGAGGAGAACCAUUUUUCACAAUACUUCCCCACCCACAGACACUGGGAGGAAAGGAAAAAAAGAGUGAAGUAACAUUCUACCCUUGCAGAGUCUUACAUGUUUACAGGGAUAUUUAAUCAAUCAAACGGCCCCCAUCACCAAUGUGGAAAAGGAACGAGAUGGGCAGCUGCCCUCUGGACAGUAUGUCCACCACUGUCACCCCUUCCCCAAAUUCACUUGGAUCUCCUUGUAUUAAAUCAACCAGGAAUCUCUUUACUCUUAUCUGACUCAGGAAAUCUGGAAUUGUCGAGGUUCUGUGACAUCCACCCCCUUGUACUUGCUAUGGGGGGCCCUAUAUUGUAGCGAUGGUACUAGCUGUUAAUGCAGUAAACAUGUAGAAAACGAGACCGUCUGUAAAUACGAACCUCUAGGCAACAUCAUCCGUUUCCUUUCCUUUUUCUUUGGAUGCAUGACUGAGUAGUCCAUGGGGUUUUUAAGAAGAAACUUCAAAGUGCUAAGUAACGCAUAAAGGAAAACAAAACAAACAAAGUACUUGGCUGUCUGGAGGCAUCAGGCUGAGAUGGGGGUGGUGUCAAAAACCAAAGUGAGAACUUGGGGUGGGAGGGCACAUCUAUGAAGAGCUGUGGCACCAUCCAGUUGGGCCGAAAUGGUUGGAAAGCUGCCUCAAAUUAAGUGGGUUGGAGAGACCUGCAUCAGAGCCCUCUUUUGCAUCUCCCAUUUUUAUCAUUGAAGCUUCUGUAGAAGAACUUCCCAAUGGAUUUUCUCCUCCCCAAAUGAGUCAUAUCUGUCCAUCUCAAUCUGCUAACCCAACCGUGGCACCUGAAAUCAACCACCUCAGGCCAGCGGCUUCACCUUAUAUAAAACAGCUCCCAGGUCACACUGGGUUCUUGGUCUGAGCAACAAGAAAGCAUCUCCUUGGCUACAGGUCACCUACACAGGAGCUGUGGCUGAUUUGGGGGCCAGCUCAGAGAUAUUGAUCCUGGUUUAAUAAAACUUGACUGGCCUGGCAAUGAGUGUUGUGCCCACUUGCUCACUCCUGUGCCUUUGACCCUCCCAUCGUGGUUAUUUUAGACCAGAGUUUCUUGUUGCAGCUGAAAUAUUACUGUGGCCAGGAUUUAAUCCUGUUUUUUUUACAUCGAAUUUGGAGCCUGAGGAUUAAACCACAACGUUUUGGAGUCAACAGGAAGCUUUGGGUUUUGAAGCAGGCAUGGGGAACUUUUGCGUCUCCUGAUGUUGCUGAAGACAAUUCUCAUCAGCUCCAGCAAGCGUGGCCAGGGAUGAGGGGGAACUGUAGUUCAGCAACAUCUGCAGGGCCAAAAGUUCCCCAAGACUAGUUUAAAGGAACCAUGGUGCACUGCUGGUUUAUCAAAUUAGGAUAGUUAAAUCCAGACCAGGCCACAUUUUCUCUUUUUUAAUAUAAUAUAAGGGGGCAUAUGCCUGUUGUCUUUGUCCAUGGAGUUUUCUUGGCAGGGAUACUGGAGUGGCUUGCCAGUUCCUUCUCCAGGUGGAUCACGUUUAGUCAAAACUCUCCACUAUGACCUGUCCAUCCUGGGUGGCCCUGCAUGGCAUAGCUCAUAGCUUCUCUGAGUUAUUCAAGCCCCUUCGCCACGACAAGGCAUUGAUCCAUGAAGAGUCGGACACGACUAAACGACUAAACAACAACAACAAAGGGGGCAUAAACAGAGCAGUUUUUUUCCUUGAUGCCAAAUAAUCUUGAAAGCAAUUUGUUGAAAAUUGGGCUCAAGACGUGGACUCCUGACUUGCCUGCCCAGGAUUUGGGAAUGACUUUUGCUUUUCAGUUUGUUAACUGUAGCCAAUGACUUUGUUAUCUAUUGAGGCAGAAGCUUCUUCCUCUUUCCUUUUCCUGUGAAUAAAAUUGGGAGGGAAUCCACUGGGCAAAAGCAGACUACCCACCUGGCCCCCAACCUUCUCUGCAGAAUCCUCCAGCCUAAUACUGUGCAGCUCAUCUUAUUUUAUUUUGUUUUGUUAAUUUAAAGGGUGUUUUGCAGCAGGCAGUAUGUUGCCGUUUAUACCCUUGUGUGUGUGUCUUUCAUUUCAACUUGCCACAGAUGGGCAUGCAUGGGUGAACAUCCUGUGCAAGUUGCCAGUGACAUCAGGGGGCCUGGAGUUGGGUUGGGGUGAGAAGAGUUUGGUGAAGGACUCCCCACCCACCCCCAUCCCCACCCCGGUAAGAAAAUAUUGGAUGUUUUGUAAUUGCCCUUAGUCUUGCAGCUAAGGUGUGCCUAAAAAGGUCCUUGCAUUUCUGCCACCUUUGGAGGGGUUCUGGCCCUCAGCAGAAUCUGUAGCUUUCACACCCUGGCAGCUUCAUAAUGAUACUAUUAGUCACCUAAUUGCACUUCGCAUUGGGGAGGGAAGAGUUAGGUGAGCCUUUGCCGCUGUGUCUUGGUUCAUGACUAAGUGGAUAGAGCCAAGGAUGCCCCACCAGUCUAGCUAGUCCGCUAGAGGUUGUCAGUCCACAAAGGGGGUUGUAGUCCAAUGGCAUCCAGACUUUCCUCUAAACCACGCUCCAUUCAGAAUUGGGUGGGUGGGUAGGUAGGUGAGAGUUUUAAAUGAUUGUUAACCCAAGAAUUGCAUUUACUGCAAAAAAAAUACCCAGCUUCAGAAUCCGACUGUUGGUUUGUGUUAAUUUCAGCACUACAGUAUUUACUGUGGUGCUCUCACAGUCAUUCCCUUGGCAGGGAUGGGGUUUUAGUUAAAUUGGGGGGGGCGUGAAGGCAUUGGGGGGCAAAGGGAGGAAGAGGUGGUGGUUCCCCCCCCCAGUUCAGGUUGUGACUGUCUGCUUCAAAAAAACAUGGGGCAUUCCUUGCAUUUUCAAGCUUGCUGAAAAAUUCCCUUGACUUUGCUGUUCUGCCAACCAGCCUCCCUCGGUCUGAUGGUGUAUAUUUAUGGUUAAUCCCACCCACCCUGAAUCCUGAUUGUAAAAAUGUCCAAACCUGUUACUUUUUUUAUAUAUUAAAGAGAAAGCGGCGGGGGAGACACUCAAACAAGUGACAAUAAAUGUGGUUAAAGAA